AUGGCAGCAGAGACACCCACUUCAGACUGUUCUCAUCUCAUCGACCACAGCCAUGUCCCAGAGUUUGAGGUGGUUCUGGCUGUCAAGAUCAUCUUGGCCUUAAUCUAUAUCUGCAUCUUCGUUGCGGGCCUCUUGGGCAACAGCAUCACCAUCAAAGUCACCAGGAUCCUGCAGAGGAAAGGCUACCUGCAGAAGGAGGUCACCGACCACAUGGUGAGCCUGGCCUGCUCCGACCUGCUGGUCAUCCUUCUGGGCAUGCCCGUGGAAUUCUACAGUGCCAUCUGGAACCCCUUUUCUACCCCCCAUGGCAACAUUGCCUGCAAGCUCUACUGCUUCCUCUUCGAAGCCUGCAGCUAUGCCACCGUGCUGCAUGUGGCCACGCUCAGCUUUGAGAGGUACGUGGCCAUCUGCCACCCCUUCAAGUUCAAGGCUGUGUCUGGCCCCCGCACGGUGAAGUUGCUCAUUGCCUUUGUCUGGGGCACAUCUGUCAUCGUGGCUCUGCCCCUGCUCUUUGCCAUGGGCACAGAAUAUCCCCUGGAGAUCGUCCAGGGCUACCAGAGAAUCCGCUCCUGUGUCAAACCUACUCCCAGGCACUACAUUCCUGAGCUGAAGCACAACAUGACCAUCUGCACCAACCUCUCCUCCAAGUGGUCUCUCUUUCAAGGCAGCAUCUUCAGCGCCUUCGUUGUGUACAUCAUCGUGCUGGCAUCUGUCACCUUCAUGUGCCACCGCAUGAUGAAAGCCCUGAUGAUCCACAAGGAAGGGACUGUGGCAGUGAAGGAUGGACUGAGGCAUCAGGAGCAGUACCUGCGGAAAAGUGAAAGUUCAAAGGGCAAGAGCUCCAGGAGACAGAUCAUUUUAUUCCUGGGACUGAUCAUCGCGACUCUGGCGGUUUGCUGGAUGCCAAACCAGGUUAGGAGAAUCAUGACUGCUGCUAAACCCAAGCACGACUGGACCUCCUCCUACUUCAAAGCCUACAUCAAGCUCCUUCCCAUCGCCAACAUCUUCUUCUACCUCAGCUCGGUGGUGAACCCGCUGCUGUACAACAUCUCCUCCCGGCAGUUCCGCAGCGUGUUCCUGCAGGUCCUGUGCUGCCGCCUCACCCUCCAGCACGCCAACAGGGAGAGGUUCCUCAGGGCCACCCAGAGCUCCGGGACGCGGAGCAGCCGCUCCCUGCGCCCGCUGCUCUUCACGUCCUCCAGACGCACUUCUUCCACCAAGGGCAACGCCAAAGUUUCCAUGAGCACCUUCCAGAGGGAACCCACACCCGGCUGCAGGCCUCAGGAGCCAGGUCCUGCACCUCCAGAGCCCGGCCUGGAAGAGGUGCCCCUGGAGACUGGCUCAGAGUCCAGUCCAGGUGCGCAGAACGGCCUUUGUGAACAUCAAGUAUGA